AUGUCACCCCAUUUCGGGUAUAUCCAUGAGCCGCCAGAUAGAGGAAGAAAGUUCGUGAGGAGAUUCCUGUUCUUGAAUGCAUUGGUUGAUUGGAACACUCCUUCAGCCAAGGUGCUUUGUUUCGAAGGAACAGUGCUGGAUUCUCACCACGCGUACAGCACCCCGGGCAGUAAACCCACAGAACGGGCUGUAGUUGCCUUAAGUUUCCACAGCAUUAACCACGUAUUUCCGCCUGCUAUGGGCAGCUGCCUAGCCGAGUCCACAUGCAAGCGGAAAUCAACAUACAACCAUAAUCACAAGCCAAUCCAAAAACAGUUGAUGUUAGAAGGCUAUAGCCAGGGGCUCGGACACUGUCGAAAUCGCCCUCAACAACCGCUCCGGCUAGGAUCCAUGAAUGAGAUCAAGAGGCAUAUCACAGCAUUUGAAGGGCUCCACCAGCAGCUUGACUGGCACUGGCACAAAAGGGGUGACCUAAAUUCUGAUAGCCCGGUGCUUACCCUCUAA